GAGCCCGACGUGUGGCUGGAGGCCUCGGAGGUUUGGGAGUUGGCAGCAGCAGACAUUUCCAUUUCGCCAGUCCACUCCGCAGCCAGACACGAAAACCCCGACGGCAAGGUGCGCAGCUAG